UAAAAUUUACUGUUGGCUGAAAAACUCUAGCUGUGCAAUAUAACCCAGUAUUCAGUUUUCUGAAAAGUGCACUGAACAUGUAGUUUUUAUAUCGUUUGGUGCAUUGAUCAUUUGUGUAAGCAGUUUUAUAUAACAUGAAAAUAAUAAAAUAUUAUAGUCAAAUACAAUAAAUAAUAAUAAAAUACAAAAGUGUAGCAAAUCCAUGGUAAACUUGUGGUAACCUUGGUUUAGCUACAAUAACUUUUUAAAAUGUUUAUAUAUUGGGGUUUUUGUUUUUGGUGAAUUUUCAUUUUAAAUUUCUCUCAAAUUACUGUAAACAAGUGUGUAAAGAUGUGCAAUCAUUUCUCUUUUAACAGAUGAGAAGGAGAAAGUGAAAGAAAAGAGAAAGAAGAGAAAAAAGACCAAGGUUGCUUCUUUCAUCAGAGCUGCUCUACGAUGGUUCUGCUUCUGUCCUCGUAAUGAGCCGUUCACACUUUCCUCAUCUGAUGAUUCUGAACAUGAGAUCUAUGAAAAGAUGAUUGUGGAAGAGGAAGAAGUGAAGGAGAUAAUGCAGGAGGAGGUGGUGGAGAAGAAAGAGGAGGUGAUGGAAGAGGAGGAGGUGGUGGACAAAGAGAAAGAUAACACAAAGCAAGAAAAGACAAAUGAGGAGGAGGAGGAGAAAAGUGGGGAGGAGAAGGUGGUGGAGAAAAAAGAAGAAGGGAAGGAGAUAAUGCAGAAUGAGAUUGUGGUGGAGAAGAAGGAGCAGAUGAUGAAAAAGAAGAAGGUGGUGGUGAUGGUGGUGGUGGUGGAGAUGGUGGAGACAAAUAAACAAAUAAAGAAAGAUACCAGCACCCAACUAAGAGAGGAGGAGAAGGUGGUGGAGAAAAAGGAAGAAGAGAAAGAGAUAACGCAGAAGGAAGAGGUGGAGAAGGAGGAGGUGAUGAAAGAGGAGAAGGUGGUGGAGAAAAAGGAAGAAGAGAAAGAGAUAAUGCAGAAGGAAGAGGUGGUGGGGAAGGAGGAGGAGGUGAUUAAAGAGGAGGAGGAGGUGAUGAAAGAGGAGAAGGUGGUGGUGGAGAAAAAGAAAAGAAAGAAAGAUACCAGCACCCGACUGUCAGAGGAGGAGUUCUGGAGAAGGAAAAUGGAGGAGGAGAAGUUGGUGGAGAAAAAGGAGCAAGAGAAAGAGAUAAUGCAGAAGGAAGAGGUAGUGGAGAAGGAGGAGGAGGUGAUGAAAGAGGAGAAGGAGGUGAUGAAAGAGGAGAAGGUGGUGGUGGAGAAAAAGAAAAGAAAAGAUACCAGCACCCGCCUGUCAGAGAAGGAGUUCUGGAGAAGGAAACUUAUCGCCAGAAGGCUAUCUGCGGCAAAGUUUCUGUUUGAGCAAAUAAAGGAGGAGGAGGAGGACAAGAUGAAAGCUCAGGAGGAGAACAAUGAGGAGAAAAUAAAAUACAUUGAAAAGGAGGAGGAGGAGGAGGAGAAGCUGAAGAAAAGGAGAAGGAGGAGGCGGCCAAGAAAAAACUGCAUGUUGGAAAAAGUGGAGGAGAUGGAAGGAAAGGAAAGUGAGGAAGUAGAGAAUCACAUUGAGGAGAAAGAGCAAAUGAAUGACAUUGAAAAGGAGGAGGAGGAGGAGGAGGAGGUGAAGAAAAGGAGAAGGAGGAGGCGGCCAAGAAAAAACUGCAAGGUGGAAGAAGUGGAGGAGAUGGAAGGAAAGGAAAGUGAGGAGGUGGAGAAUCACAUUGAGGAGAAAGAGCAAAUGAAUGACAUUGAAAAGGAGGAGGAGGAGGAGGAGGUGAAGAAAAGGAGAAGGAGGAGGCGGCCAAGAAAAAACUGCAAGGUGGAAGAAGUGGAGGAGAUAGAAGGAAAGGAAAGUGAGGAGGUGGAGAAUCACAUUGAGGAGAAAGAUCAAAUGAAUGACAUUGAAAAGGAGGAGGAGGAGGAGGUGGUGAAGAAAAGGAGAAGGAGGAGGCGGCCAAGAAAAAAUAACAGUAUGAACGAGGAAGAAAAAGAACAAAGUAGAGGAGUAGAGACAUACUGUAUGUGAAGGAGGAGGGUGAACAACAUUGUACAACAUCAAUAAAAAUGUGUUUUGUACAAUA